CAUCGUAUCCAAAAGGUUGUGGAAACAGCAGUUUGGGUGGAGACAUGUACGGCGCCGGCUACCGUGCGAUUACCAACAUAGACUACUCCUCGGUGUGCAUCGGCGCUAUGAGUGCCAGGUACAGCAGUUGUCCCGGUAUGACCUGGCAUCAGAUGGACGUUCGUCAGCUCUCCUUUGCCGAUGCAUCCUUUGACGCCAUCCUUGAGAAGGCGACGCUGGACGCCAUCAUGGUUGAGGAGAAGUCGCCAUGGGAGGUCUCUCCUGAAACUUCAUCCUUCAUUCAUCAAGCUCUCAUCGAGAUAAGUCGCUGCUUGAAACCCGGAGGCCGCUUCGUCUCCAUCACGUUCGCGCAGCCCUUCUUCAGGAAACGCCUCUACGCACGCACYGCGUACAACUGGUCAGUCAGACACGACAGUUACGGGGAGGGCUUUGAGUAUUUUGUGUACGUAAUGACCAAAGGAGAGCAGCUCAGCCCGGAAGAUGCGGCACUGGAGCAGAGGCUUCUGGAGGAACCCAAAUCCCAACCCGCCAGCUGUCCCACCCCUCAAGAUGAAGAGGAUAAUGACUUCCUGUGUAAUAUUAACUUAUGAUGUUGCUGAAAUGUGGACAUUAAUCUCAGUAAUAUUUUAUGUCUUAGCCUACUGAAGCAGAAGCAGAAGUGACAGAUUCAUUACUUUCAGUGUUGAAAAUAAUUUUAAACACACUUUUAUCUCAGUUUUUAGUAUUUUUAAUAUUUUAGCUUUUGUAAACUUUUAUACAUGCUGUUGCUACUAUGUAAAUAUUUCUGCAAAUUCAUGUGAUUGUGAUCAGGACUGCUUCUUGUAAAAUUUCAACAGAUGUUUUUAGGAUUGUGGGGUUUUUUUUUUUUUUGCUAACAAAACUCAACUGUAUCUGGCUAACCAGAAACCAAAUAGUUGCCUUAAGCAUAGUUUUAGGUUAGGUUUAGUAAAAAGUGAACAAGUCGCAGCUGAAAAAACAGGCAACCGUUUGAGGGUUAAUUUUCUCUUCCUGAUGCAAACAUUUCAGCGUUUUUCCAUAAAUUUUAUUAAUUUUAUAAAUUGUAUUUUUUCCAUAAAUUUUUUAAAAGUUGGCAUAAAAACAUGAGAUGCUGGCGUUAUAUUAAAAGAAUCAUUUCAGGGAAACCACUGUUUACAAAAUUACUAAUUUAGCAUUGGCAUAUGGUUAAUGCAUCUCAAAAAUGUAAAAGAAAUUAUAGGUAAUAGCUAAUAUUUGUGCAUAGAUAUACAAAAAAUGAAUGCAUGUUCUUCUAACUUAAGAGAAAAAAACCAGAAAAAUGUGCCGUGUGUGAAUUCAUUCCAUUUACUAUGAUUCUCCAAAAGUGCACAGAUCCACAGCUUAGGUAGAAGAAUAUUUUGACAUCACAACUAUAAGUUAUAAAAUCCACAGAUCUGGCUUUGGCAAAGAGACAAGAAGACCACAAAAUACAUAGAGGCCACAGCAAAUAUAUAGAAUAUAAGGCACUUGGUUUAGAUCAGACCAAAAUGUAACUUUUGACCAAUGAAACUGUGUGAAAAUUAUGUAAAUACUUCCUCCCCACAUUUAUUCUCUACCUUGAGUUGGUUCAUAGCAUAAAAUCAAAACAUUGAGGUUUGAGAUCUUAAUAGAAUGAGUAGAAAAAGUUCAAAAAGCUCUUAAAUAGUAAUAGUACUAAAAAAAGUAACCAUCCAGCAGUGGAUAGUUAUCCAUGACCUGUUGUGAAUCCCCUCCUGUGUGUGUCAGAGGUUUCGGUCUUSAUAUCGCAGACCGAUAUCUCUGCAGGCUCACAUUCAGCUCCAGUGUUUGCGUUGCAGUUUGAGUUUGCCACGUUUAAGCAAUUUGCAAAACAAACCAUCAUGCCUCAAUCUGACACCUGAGUGCCGCAGCAUCCUGCCUGUUGAGAAGGCGUUAAAACUCCAUCGGUGUGUCGGMGUCGUCCUCUCGUGUGCUGCUGGUGUCGGUUUUAUGUUCGACACAGAAGCUUCAAGGUGCUUCAUGCCACGUCUCGCAUGGCUGUCAAAAAGCAUUUGUGCACACAUGUGCUUCCGCCAACAAGAAACGGCCCACCCCUGCGUGUUAUUUGUUCAAGACACACGAUACUGGGUGUCGGGUCAUGUGCUCGCCUGCUGCUUAAAUAUAACCCAUUAACGGCGCACACAGCCAUGCGUGCAGACAGGGAGGAGGACUUCUGACUGGAGGGGAGGGGAUCGCAUUAAUAAAGUAGAAAUCAUUUAUUUUUAAUUCCCCACCAAGAUCUAAUUAACGCCUAUUUUUAAGACUUGGGGAGAGAAGACGUGAUUUUUCUGAAGGCUGCUCUUUCCUUCCACGGUUAGCUUGUUGGAGCAACGUCAUGGUUUGGUCAGCUUUAGCGCUGUUGUUUAGCAGAACAAUCUCACUGUAUAGUUUACUUUUUUAUUUUUUAGCUGGAUAAAAUUAUACAUAUUUAAUUGACUUACAAUAGUAAUGAGCUAAAUGAAGCAGCUCAAAGUUGUGGAUUACUGAAACUCUGCUUAAAAGGGAAAAACAUACAGUAGAUGUAAAAGAAACACUUUAGUUAAGAGGUAUGUAUUUUUCAGGCCUUUUAAUAGAAUAAUYACUCUAGUUAUUAUAAAAAUGCCUGUAUGUAUCAAACACAAUGUAAGAAAGUUUGUUUCACAA